CGGCCCGCGGAAAACCUACAGGCAGCAAGUUCUGCCUCGGGUCUACGAACGCUCCGGGGCGCUGGAAACGAAGACGGAGAAGUGAUCUGAUUGGCUAAGAAAUGAAUGACGCAACGUAUCUCAGGCCCACUGAGAAUCCGCCUCCCCCAGCCUGGCUCAAAUGCCGCUUUCGAUUGGUCCUUACGUCAAGAGCGCAGCGACAUUUCCCGAAAUUAACCUCUGGGUCCGGAACCUUGGGCAAAGAUGGCGGCGGCCAGGUGCUGCCGGCUAGCCCUCCGCGGGCCGGGGCUGUCACUGCACACUGCGGCAGAGGCCGCCGUCACGGCUCCAGAAGUGACCGGCCCCGAUGUCACGGCGGCCCCCGUCGCGCGCUACCCGCCGAUUGUGGCCUCCCUGACUGCCAAGAGCAAGGCGGCACGGCAGCGGCGAGUGGAGCGGUGGCAGGCGACGGUGCACGCGGCCGUGUCGGUGGACGAGAAGCUGCGAAUCCUCACCAAGAUGCAGUUCAUGAAGUACGUGGUUUAUCCGCAGACUUUCGCUCUGAACGCUGACCGCUGGUAUCAGAGUUUCACCAAGACCGCGUUCCUGUCGGGCCUGCCGCCGCCGCCAGCCGAGCCCGCGGAGCCCGCGGAGCCCGCGCCCGUCCUGGACCUGGCGGCCUUGCGCGCCGCCGCGUGUGACUGCCUCCUGCAGGAGCACUUCUACCUGCGGCGCAAGCGGCGCCCUCCCCUCUACCAGGACCGCGAGGCUAUCGCCUCGCCCUUCCUGGAUCAGCUGGUGGCCACCCUCGUGGGCCUGCUCAGCGCGCACAACCCCGCCUUGGCCACCGCCACCCUCGAUUGUAAACGCCCAGUUCACUUUUACUGGUUGCGAGGUGAAGAAAUUAUUCCUAGUGGUCAUCGGAAAGGUCGAGUUGAUGCUUUGCGAUACCAAAUAAAUGAUAAACCACACAACCAGAUUCGAAUAUCCAAACAACUCCCACAGUUUGUGCCGCUGGAUUAUUCUAUACCUGUCGAAAUCCCUGUUAUAACUUGUAAGCCAGACAAACUUCCCUUAUUCAAACGACAAUAUGAAAAUACCAUAUUUAUUGGCUCAAAGACAGCAGACCCAUACUGUUACGGUCACACACAGUUUCAUCUGUUACCUGACAAAUUAAAAAGGGAAAGGCUUUUGAAACAGAACUGUGCUGAUCAGAUAGAAGUUGUUUUUAGAGCUAAUGCUAUCGCAAGCCUCUUUGCUUGGACUGGAGCACAAGCUCUGUAUCAAGGAUUUUGGAGUGAAGCAGAUGUUACUCGGCCUUUUGUCUCUCAGGGCGUGAUCACAGAUGGAAAAUACUUUUCCUUUUUCUGCUACCAGUUAAAUACUUUGGCACUGACUGCACAAGCUGAUCGAAAUAACCCUCGUAAAAAUAUAUGUUGGGGGACACAAAGUAAGCCUCUUUAUGAAACAAUUGAAGAUAAUAAUGUGAAAGGUUUUAAUGAUGAUGUCCUGCUCCAGCUAGUUCACUUUCUACUGAACAGACCAAAAGAAGACAAAUGACAGCUGUUGGAAAACUAAGAAGAAAUAAUUGAUUCAGGACUUCGGGAAUACCUGAGUUUCACUGAAGGAAAAAUAAAGGGAAUUUUAAUGAUGAGACUUGUCAAAUGCAUUAUUUUGAGACAAAUAUUUCUUUCUUUUUUUUUUUUUUUUAAAGAUUUUAUUUAUUUAUUUGACGGAGAGAGAGAUAGCGAGAGCAGGAACACAAGCAGGGGGAGCGGGAGAGGGAGAAGGAGAAGCAGGCUUCCCACCAAGCAAGGAGCCCGAUGUGGGGCUCGAUCCCAGGACCCUGGGAUCAUGACCUGAGCCGAAGGCAGAGGCUUAACGACUGAGCCACCCAGGCGCCCCGAGACAAAUAUUUCUUAUGUUAACUUGUGAUUAGACCUCUCAUUUUGCUCAGAGUACACACUGAAGGAUUUAAUUUUAGAUAGAAUAUGUUGUUUUAAGGUGAUUUUAUUCAUAGAUAGCUAAUUGAUGAGACCAAUUGAGCUAUCUGCAAUACCUGGUAUUAGUGGCAUGUGAUUUUGAAAGUAAUGGAAGGACAGUAAUUCAAAAGUUUGAGAAUAGGUAGAUGUGCUAUAUUUUUAUUUUUUGUUUUUAAUUUUUUCAUUGAUAAAUAAUUCAGAGUUUCAGAGUCCUACUCAAACUGCUUUAAAAUUGGAACAAUAUUUUGCAAGUAUAGGAAACUGAGGCCCAGAGGAGUUAAGUGACUUUUCCACAAUUUCACAGUUGAUUAAUAAUAUAACUGAUGAAUUAUAUGCAACUUAGGUUCUUAGCACUCAGAAGUAACGUUAACAAGUGCAGGACUGUUAUUUAAUGCCAGCACCUAACACAUGGCGCAGGGUACUCGAUAAAUAUUUGACCCAGGGGCACUGGGCUGGCUCAUUCAGUAGAACAUGCGACUCCUGAUCUCAGGAUUGUAAGUUCAAGCCCCAUGUUGGGUGUAGAGAUUACUUAAAAAUAAAAUCUUUAUAUUAAAAAAAAAAAAGGAUGAAGAAGAAGUAAUGUUAACGUAUUCUGUUCGUGUUUUGCUCUAUCCCAAAGAUGAGGAAACUAGGUUUGCUAUGUUUCAGAAUCAGUUGUCAGUUAGUAAAAUUGUUAAUCUUGUUGAGAAUUAAGAUUUCCUUCAAAACAUUUUUAGUGAGAAAAAGGAAUUACCUUUGUAUAAUCAUGCUUACUGUUUUUAUUUUAGAACCUCCUGUUGUGAAUUUUUAAAACACCCAAUUAGGUACUGUAGUCAUAUGACAGAUUCCUCCCUUCCUCCCUUCUUUCCUUCCUUCCCUACCUUUCUCCCUCCCUCCCUCCCUCCCUCUCUUGCUCUCUCUCUUUCAAGACAGAGGCCACAGUUAUAUUGAUCGAUUCCUCAGCUAGAAGCCUAGGGAUUAUUGCCAUAGAUGAUUGCAAAACUGAAGGAAUAGCACCUGAAAGAUGUUACUCAGUUCAGUUGAAGGCUUGCUUUGCAAGGCUUUGUGCUGUGUUCCAUCUUUAGCACAUUAUUUUCAGUUUACCCAGAAAGCCAUGUCAUUUCACACCACCAUUUGUUUAUUUAAGCAGUUUACAAAGCUUGGAAUACUGUUCUCUACCUUUGGUCCUGUCUGUUCAAUCCAUAUAUUGCGUCCCCAUUCAUCCUUGAUGGAAAAAUGCAGAUGUAUAGAGAGCAACCUUACCAAGCUCCAAGUACAGUGAUAUUUCUCUUAAUGUUAGCUUUCACUUUCUAACUCUUUGCGUCUUGGGCAAUUUGAGUUGCCAUCCUUUAUUUCUGCCCCCAUAAAACAAAAUUACCUUACAGAGUUUAAGGAUUAAAUGAACUAGUGCAUGCAAAAGUGCUUUUAGAAUUCUAUGUAAUUAAAAUACUUAGGAUUCAGUUGAAAUGCCAUUGCUUUCCCUAAGCUGAUUAUAUUUAAUUCAUGUUUAGUUGUCCCAUCCUUUGAAUACUUAAACCUUUCGUAGCACCUGUUUCAUUCUCUCGUAAUAAUUUUUCUCAUCCCAAAUGGAGAACACAUACCACAUACAUACCAUAAAACAUAUCAGGACCUCACCUAACACUUAUAUAUUCUAGAGAGUGGUCUAGAUAUUUUACAUAUAUUAGCUUAUUUAAUCCUCACAAACAUUCCAUGAGCUAGGCACUAUUUUGCAGAUGAGUUAACGGCACAGAAUACCCAAUAACUUACUGAAGAACAUAACACUACAAUGUGGCAGGUUUGAAAUUUCAGCCCUGGUGAUCUGACUCCAGAACCUACCUAUAACCACUCUGGUGUAUAUUCUUUAAUAAUACACUGUAGAUGUCAGUGCUACAGAAGUACAACAGUGACAUAAAUUUAGAUAAAGGAUGGGUUAAUUCUGACUAGUAUGAAUCCUGGAAAUGUGUUUUGGAGCAAGUGGUAUUUGAAUUGGCUCUUGAGAGAGGGUAUUUUCCAACAAGAGGACAAUAAGUGGAUGGAACUGUGAGUGAAGGUGGGAAGCUGCAGGACGGACUUGGGAAAUAGGCAGUAACUUCAUUUACGCAAGUUAGAUGUGGCCUAAAAGCAGUUGGGGAGAAAAAUUACUUACCAAGAAACAAAAAUCUAACUGGUCUCAGACUUCUGUAUAACACUGAGCAUUAGGAAACAGUGCAGCAGUGUCCUAGACUUCCAGAGGAAAAGCUACAACAAGAAGUCUAGGACCAGCCAAGAUAAUAGACAAUGUAGGACAACUGAAAAAAAAAAUGUCAGGAUGCCCAAGUCACUUACAAAAUCAGUUUAUGGAAGUGUACUAUAG